CACACAGAAAUCAAGCUCAGGCAAUCAACCAAUUGACCCUAAAAAAGGAAUAUUCGAGAGAUUUGAUUGGAAAUGGCCUAAAAAGUCAGAAGGGCCAGACACAGAAAUGGAAACAUUUCAGUUAUUUCCUCCUCCGUCCAGUUUUCGGUCUAGAGAGGGUGUUUGGACUGAAGUACUCUCCAUAGACAAAGAACACAUCAUGUCAUCAGAUUCAGAAGAUGAGCUCAGUGCAGAAUACAGGAGGAAGUUAAGAUUGAAACAACGCUUAGUAUGGCCACACAGAAGGAGGACAUCUGAAGACCCUUCUGAUGAUCUCAGAAUGUCAGGAUCUUUGUUUAGAUUAUCAGAAGACCUACGAUUUAAAGGGACUCCACACAGCCAGUUUGGGGUGACAAGAUCUAAAAUAAUUGUACAUCAGUAUAAGCAGUCAAUCCUACAGAAGUAUGAGAGUGAGUGGAGCUCACUGUCUGGUGAACGAGAGUCAUUGUCUGCCCUGUAUAAUGAACCAGUGAUCAUUUGGGAAAAGGAAAAUGGCAGAUUUAAGAACAUCAGUGUGGACAAAUUGUUGAUGUCAUAUGGUACAAUGACAUCAAAUGUCAUUCUCCAAGGCGACUCUGGCAGUGGCAAAUCCAUCAUAGCACAGAAGAUCAUGUUGAACUGGGCAUCUGAAGCUUCUAAAAAUGUGUAUGUAGUUUUCAAUCUGAGAUGUGAGGAGCUGAUGUGUGUUUCUGAGGAGAUUAAUUUAACUGAGCUCUUGAGCUACAGCUGUAGUUUAACAUCAGAUCAGAUCUCGCAGAUGUUACAGCAGUCACCAGAGAAGAUGCUUUUCAUCAUUGAUGGAUUUGAUGAACUGAGACUCACGCAGGACAUUUAUGACAUGUCAGAAGCAUACACUCAUCCGCUUCAAAAAGCCCCACUUGAGGUCAUUCUAUGUUCCCUGUUGAGGAGAUACCUCAUCCCUAAAUCCAAACUGCUGGUCACCACCAGAACUAAGAACACAGUGAACAAGCUGCUGAAAGGACACAAUUGUUUCACUGAAAUGAUGGGUUUCUCUGAGAAGAAGGUGGAGACAUACUUCCAGAAGUUCUUCAGCAAAGAGUAUGACUGUGUGAGAGCAAAUGAAACCCUCCUCACUGCCUGUUCCAUUCCUGUUAUCCGCUGGAUAAUCAGUGAGAUGUUCAAGGUUGGUGCAAAUGUAACAAGUGAACUGCAAACCACCACCUCCAUCUACGCUGACUUUGUUUCCACUCUAGUGGAGCAUCAUUGCAAGGGUUUGAGUCAGUCUGUGCCGAACCUGCUGAGGAGUCUGGGUCAGCUGGCAGACAGAGGGAUGCUGGAACAACAAGUGCUGUUUGAUGAGAAAACUGUAAAGGAAUCCGUUUCAGAACCUGCUGGCAGUCCGUUCCUGUGCAACUUCCUCUCUAAGAGAAGAAUCCAUCAGGAGACCAUGUUUAGUUUCAUGUAUCAUAGCUUUCAGGAGUUCUUCACUGCUCUGUACUAUGUUCUUCUGGAUGAAGAAGAGUCUCAGAGGAAAGUGAGGGAGCUGCUUCACACUGUAGAGAGAGGAUGGGCUGUGUCCUUUUGGCCUCAUAGAGAUUUUUCAACAGCGGAUGUAGAAUUUUACUUUGAAAGGUUGAUAAUGGAUCACAUUUCAGAUGAUGUUGUUGGUUUGGUCUCAGCUGCUGCUGAAGGAAAGAAUCUGAAUAAACUCAAUAUAAAGAAGCUUGAAAACUAUGGAGAACUAAGUGGAUUCCACCCAGAGAUCACUGUGUCAGUCAGAGAUGGAGACAUCAAGUUGUCUUUUGGCACAUCAGAGUUCAGAGCCGCGGAAUUAACUCUAACCUCUCCUCGCUCAUUUAUUUCCACCAUCAACUGGGUGAAAUCACAGAACACGCAGCCAUUGUUCAGUUAUGGAUAUUUACGUUCUAGGCAACAAGAAGUUAGACUGUUGCCGUUCCUGCAAUCAGUGUCUGGUUUGAAGAAAGUCUUUCUGCAGGAUUCAGGUCUGACUGAACCAUUUACCUCAGAAAUUGUGUCCCUCAUUAAGGCCUGUCCCAGUUUGAUUGAACUCAGUAUAAAUGCCAGAGAUCAUUUCAUGUUGGAGGAACUCCAGUCAAAGAAGACGUCAUUGGAGAAGAUGGGUUGGACUCUGACUGUCUGGGGGAAUUCAGCAUUGUUUAAGCCAUACAUGGAAAGAUUCACAGAGGAGAAGCUGAAGACAAAGCAGGAAAAGAGUGAGAGUGGAAAGGGAGAGAGUUCAGAUUCUGUGCUAAAAGCUGAAUCAUCAACAUACUCCUUUUUAGAAGAUUUAGAAGUGUUCACACCAGAAUUGAGCUGUGAUGAAGAUAAACUCAAGAAUACACACAGGUUUGUGUGUGCACAUGCUGGUCGGUUUCGUUGCAGUCUGACCAGUCUUGUGUUUGUGAUGGAGGGUGAAGGAGAGGUGCUGUAUAGCGUGGUCUCAUGGGACCCUGGUCUGUUACAUAGUUUGGGUCAGAUGCGGCCUGCAGGACCCUUGUACAACAUUGACUGUUCUGCAAAAUCAGUCUUGCGACUGCACCUUCCUCACUGUGUGAUAUUCUCAGAGGAAGAUAAGGAUGGUUUGGCUGUAGCACAUUUCACUGGUGGUAAUAUAGAAAUAAUACAGCCACUCAAAGUGACAGAAACUCAUGUGAUCAUUGACAUCAGAGAACUCAGCCGUUUUGGGCUCAUCUGGAUUAAAACGAUACUUGGCUUCCCCAUUGAUGGCCAAGUUUUGCUCUUUCUUCGACCAGUAACUGUUGAACAGGAACAGAAAAUACUUAAUGUCCACUUGCUUCCAGGGAAUGUUCCAGUAACAGAGGUCCAGCGUUUGCACCACAAUAAAUCAUACAUAGAGACAACUUCAAAAUGUCGCCUUUUUACUGACAGAGAAUACAGUCUGUGUUGUCAGCCAGAGGACUGUGAAGUGCAACCAAUGAGGGAGAUGUUUCAGCUUGACAAUUUUGGUCCAAACUAUCAUCCCACAUUUGAAGUGUUUCUGGAUGUCAACAUCAAGGAGGUCAGAUUGGCUGUUUUGGACAAAACUGAAGAUGGGAAGGAAGUGUGGCCCAGACGGCGAAUCCCUCUUACAGUAGCACCAAGUAAAGGUGUAGAACCUCCUGCACACAGAAGGAUCCCAGAAACUGAAUUUGUGAACACACAUGGAGAUAAACUCAUUCAGAGAGUUUCAUCAGUGAUGGCGAUUGCUGACAGUUUGAAGAGCAAAAACAUCAUUACUCCUGAAAUGUGGAGUAAGAUCCAUGUUGCAGAAACACGACAGGAGAAAAUGAGACUCUUGUUGAAUGCUCUUGAGUCUAAAGGAGAUAAUGCAAAAAUAGAAUUCUGCAGACUGCUGAAGAAGAACGAAUCUGAUCUAGUAAAUGAACUGGGGCCUCAUUUAUAAAAUGUGCAUAUGCGUGGAU